AUGGCUUCCCUCACCGGAUCCGCUCUCUCCUUUGCGAGGCCCGUCAAGGCAAUCAGCAUCAAGUCUGCCUCUUUCUCUGGUUUAAGGAAGGAUAAUGUAGCCUUCCGCCUGCAGCCUGUGCCACAAAGAUUCGCGGUCUGCUGUCCUGCUAAAAAGGAGACCGUGGAUGAGGUUUGUAAGAUUGUCAAGAAGCAGCUUGCACUUGCUGAUGGCACUGAAGUUUGUGGCUCCUCUAAGUUUCAAGAACUUGGUGCUGAUUCAUUGGACACUGUUGAGAUUGUUAUGGGCCUUGAGGAGGCUUUCAAGAUCACUGUGGAGGAGUCAAGCGCGCAGUCAAUCGCAACUGUUGAAGAUGCUGCUAAUCUCAUCGACGAACUUGUUGCAGCAGAAGCAGCGAAAGCAAAAUAA